AUGGACGUCAUCACCCCAACCAUUUCUGGAAUCAGAGGGAGGACUUCAGAGCCCAACACUCUGCAGGUAACUCUCGGCCGGCUGGACAGAGAUAAAGACCAGAGCAGCAACAUCAUUUCUGGGUUUGCGGGACUCCUCGCCAUUCUCCUAGUCAUCGCCAUUCUCUGCAUCCUGUGGAACUGGAAUCGACGAAAGAAGCGGUGGGAUCCUUACCUGCAAGUCACCAACAUGUUCUUGCUGACUGUGCUCCGAUCCAGACAACGAGCCAAAAAUAUUUAUGACCUCUUGCCCCGGAGGCAAGAAGAGCUAGGGAGACAUCAGUCAAGGAGUAUCCAUAUUUUCAGUAUCGAGAGCCUCCCCUCCAGAAACUCUGACAGCCCUCGCUCUGAGCAUGUGCCCUCCCAAGCAGGCAAUGUCCUCCAGGUGCACAGAGCCCAGACUCACGCUGUGGGAAUCUAUGACAAUGCCACCAGGCCCCAGAUAUGUGGGAACUUCACUCCCUCAGCACACUACGUCAACGUCAGAGCACCUGGAGACCACCCGAGCUUUUCUUCAGAGGACUCAAGAGAUUAUGUCAAUGUCCCCACAGCAGAAGAGAUUGCUGAAACUGUAGCUUCCCCCAACAACUCCCCUGGGAAUCUCUUUAUCCUUCCAAUUGUCCCAGAGCUAGAAUUUACUGAGGAAGGAGACAAGGACUAUGGCAACAUCAGUGAUUGCACCAGUUUUUGGUCUCUGGGAACUGAAAACAAGGAUCCACUCAGUGAUGAGGAAGGUUCUUCAGAGACCUCAAAUGACUAUGUCAACAUGGCAGAGUUGGAUCUUGAGGCCAUCCAGGGCAAACAGCCCUGGAUGUCUUUUCAGUACUGCAGAGAUUAUGAAAAUGUCCCACCAGCAGAUUCCAAUGGAAGCCAGUGUCAGGCAGAAGAAGUGACAUCCUCAAAUGCAAACCAUGUAGAGGGCAAGAGAGAUGGUCAAGGGGCUCACAUUCAACUUGUCACGCAAUCGGGGAGGUUCCUGGAUUUAAAGGAUUAUGUGAUUUAUCAGCCAUCUUCACAGAGUGAGAAUAGUCAGAUGAAACAGGAAGAAGAGAUGUCAGGUGGGGACUCUAAUGACUACAACUUGGUGCUUCCUGCCAAUUUAGGAGGCGGGGUCUCUGGGCAGGAACCAGACACACAGACACCUGGCUCCUUCCUGAUUAAAUAA